AUGUAUGCGCAUAAAGAUUCAACAGGAAAAGUAACAGACGAAUUUCUGAACGGAGCAGAGAUAUUCAUGUACCAGGCCGGACAGACGCCUCUCACAAAGGAAACGGGUAAAAUGUUAUGUCCAUGUCGUAAAUGCAAAAACACGAAGUUUGCUGCUAGUGAAACCGUUUGGAAACAUAUAGUAAAUAGAGGAUUUACUCCACAUUACUAUAUUUGGUUUAACCAUGGAGAGGGUGAUAAUAGGAAUGAAGCUAGUGGUAGUAAUCAUGUUGAAAAUGUUCGUAACAGAGAUGAACCACAUUUGCCUUCUGAAAGUGUUAUUCAAGAAAAUCAUAUGUUAGAUCAUGAUAGAAUGCAUGAUAUGGUUACUGAUGCAUUUCGUGAAACAACAUCAGUAAUAGAGGAGGUUGAAAAUGUAGAAGGGCCUAAUUUAGAUGCAAAAAGAUUUUAUGAAAUGCUAGCAGCAGCAAAUGAGCCAAUCUAUGAAGGUUGUAGAGAAGAGUAUUUGCCUGAAGAUAACUUGUGUGCUGAAUCUUAUUAUGAGAUUCAGAAACUUGUUCAUAGUCUUGGCUUACCUUCGGAGAUGAUUGAUGUGUGUAUAGACAAUUGUAUGAUAUACUGGGGAAAAGAUGCAGAAUUGUUAGAGUGUAAAUUUUGCAAGAAGCCAAGAUAUAAACCGCAAGGACGUGGACAAAAUAGGGUGCCGUACCAGCGGAUGUGGUACUUACCAAUCAAGGAUAGACUCAAGAGAUUAUAUCAAUCUGAAAAGACGGCAGCGUCGAUGAGAUGCAACCCCCGCAACGUUUAUCUUGGGCUCUGCACAGAUGGCUUUAGUCCAUUUGGAAUGUCUGGAAGACAAUACUCUCUCUGGCCAGUCUUCUUGACGCCAUACAACCUUCCACCAGAGAUGUGUAUGGAAAAAGAAUUGCUUUUCAUGAGUAUAUUGAUACCUGGACCCAAACAUCCCAAAAGAUCCCUUGAUGUUUUUCUACAACCUUUGAUUGAAGAAUUGAAGGAAUUGUGGUCAACAGGCGUGCAGACAUAUGAUUGUUCAACGAGAACAAACUUUACAAUGCGAGCAGUUCUACUGUGGACUAUUAGUGAUUUUCCUGCAUAUGGGAUGUUGUCGGGCUGGACGACGCAUGAGAGGCUAUCUUGUCCAUAUUGUAUGGGAAGCACAGACGCAUUUCAGUUGAAGCAUGGUAGGAAGACGUCCUGGUUUGAUUGUCAUCGGAGAUUUCUUCCCAUUAACCAUCCGUACCGAAGGAACAAGAAACACUUUCGGUCAAAAAGGAUAGUAAGGGACACCGCUCCACCAUAUUUAUCUGGAGAGGAAAUCGAGAAGGAUAUUGAUUACUAUGGUGGACAAAGCACAGUUGUCAAAGGCGGUAAUUGGCAUAAUCCUCCGAAUAUGCCUAAUGGUUACGGGACUCAGCAUAAUUGGCACAAGAAGAGUAUAUUUUGGGAACUUCCAUAUUGGAAAGAUCUGCUGCUGCGCCACAAUCUGGACGUGAUGCAUAUAGAGAAGAACUUCUUUGACAACAUCAUGAAUACGUUGUUGAACGUCCCUGGGAAGACAAAAGAUAACAAGAACUCAAGGUUGGAUUUACCUGCAUUAUGUUCUCGGAUUGAACUGCAUAUUAUGAACGAUGGGAGAAUUCCAGUUCCCAUUUUCAGAUUGUCAGCACAAGCAAAAGCUGCGUUGUUCAAGUGGGUGGCGUCAGAUGUGAAGUUUUCUGAUGGAUAUGUUUCAAAUCUAUCAAGAUGUGUUGAUCAUCAGGGACAAAAGUUUUCAGGAAUGAAGAGUCAUGACUGUCAUGUUUUUAUGCAACGACUUCUGCCAUUUGCACUUGCGGAGUUGGUUCCAAAAGAGGUUCACGAAGCACUUGCAGGCAUCGGAGCUUUUUUCAGAGAUCUUAGUGCACGCACCUUAACUGUAGACGUCAUCACACAACUUGAUGCGAAUAUCCGGAUCUUGAUGUGUAAUUUGGAGAAAAUUUUUCCUCCGUCCUUUUUUGACGUCAUGGAACAUCUGGUUAUCCACCUUCCGUAUGAGGCAAUGCUACGUGGACCUGUUCAUAAUGGAUGGAUGUAUCCUUACGAACGAGCUAUGAAAUAUUUGAAAGGCAAAGCAAAAAAUCUGGCAAGGGUGGAAGGUUCAAUAGUUGCUGGGAGUUUGAAUGAGGAAACAUCUCACUUUACGUCCUACUACUUUGCGUCACAAGUCCGGACCAAAAAAAAGAAUACGAGCAGAUAUGAUGAUGGUGGUGUUAUGCCGACAUAUAUUGUUGAAGAUAUUCCAGACAUAUUUACUCAGAUUGGACGGCUUGGUGGAAAACUAAAAGAAGUUUGGUGGUCAAGUUCUGAAGACGCACAUAGUGCCCACACAUAUAUACUUCUUAACUGCGAAGAGAUUGAAUCAUUUGAAAGCGAUUUUGUUGCCCAAGUCGAAGAAGCUAUACCAGGAAUAUCAACUGCUGAUCUCAACAAAAGGAAAGACCAACACUUUGUUGAUUAUGAUGAUCAAUUUUAUCCUCAAUGGUUUCACGAAUUGAUACAAGGUCCGGUCGGUAAGGUCACCAUUGCAUCUAUGUAUUUCACAAGAGGAUACACUUUUCACACUUACGAAUAUGGAAGUCGACGAGCAACAAUGAACUAUGGAGUAUGUGUGAAAGGUGAAACAGAUUUCUAUGGAAUCUUAAAAGAGAUCAUCGAAGUGGAGUUCCCCGGUGUAGUGAAGCUGAAAUGCGUGCUCUUCAAAUGUGAUUGGUUUGACCCCACAGUCAAUGUCAGUAGAACGUUUGUGUUUAACUUUAUAUUGUAA